GUGCCCCGAGCCGCGCGAGUCCGCCGCCGCUGCGCCUCAGCUCCGCCAACUCCGCCGGCUUAAAUCGGACUCCUAGAUCCGCGAGGGCGCGGCGCAGCCGGGCAGCGCUUUCCCCCAGCCUUGGCAACCCCAGGGGCCACUGUUUGCCACCUAGCCACAGCACCAGCAUCCUCUCUGUGGGCUGUUCACCAAUUGUCCAACCACCAUUUCACUGUGGACAUUACUCCCUCUUACAGAUAUGGGAGACAUGGGCGAUCCACCAAAAAAAAAACGUCUGAUUUCCCUAUGUGUUGGUUGCGGUAAUCAAAUUCACGAUCAGUAUAUUCUGAGGGUUUCUCCGGAUUUGGAAUGGCAUGCGGCAUGUUUGAAAUGUGCGGAGUGUAAUCAGUAUUUGGACGAAAGCUGUACCUGCUUUGUUAGGGACGGGAAAACCUACUGUAAAAGAGAUUAUAUCAGGUUGUACGGGAUCAAAUGCGCCAAGUGCAGCAUAGGCUUCAGCAAGAACGACUUCGUGAUGCGCGCCCGCUCUAAGGUGUACCACAUCGAAUGUUUCCGCUGUGUAGCAUGCAGCCGACAGCUCAUCCCGGGAGACGAAUUCGCGCUGCGGGAGGAUGGGCUUUUCUGCCGCGCGGACCACGAUGUAGUGGAGAGAGCCAGCCUAGGAGCUGGAGACCCUCUCAGUCCCUUGCAUCCAGCGCGGCCUCUGCAAAUGGCAGCCGAGCCCAUCUCCGCUAGGCAGCCAGCUCUGCGGCCGCACGUCCACAAGCAGCCGGAGAAGACCACCCGAGUGCGGACUGUGCUCAACGAAAAGCAGCUGCACACCUUGCGGACCUGCUACGCAGCCAACCCUCGGCCAGAUGCGCUCAUGAAGGAGCAACUAGUGGAGAUGACCGGCCUCAGCCCCCGAGUCAUCCGGGUCUGGUUUCAAAACAAGAGGUGCAAGGACAAGAAACGCAGCAUCAUGAUGAAGCAGCUCCAGCAGCAGCAACCCAACGACAAAACUAAUAUCCAGGGGAUGACAGGAACUCCCAUGGUGGCUGCUAGUCCGGAGAGACAUGAUGGUGGUUUACAGGCUAACCCAGUUGAGGUGCAAAGUUACCAGCCGCCCUGGAAAGUACUGAGUGACUUCGCCUUGCAAAGUGACAUAGAUCAACCCGCUUUUCAGCAACUGGUCAAUUUUUCAGAAGGAGGACCAGGCUCUAAUUCCACUGGCAGUGAAGUAGCAUCGAUGUCCUCUCAGCUCCCAGAUACACCCAACAGCAUGGUAGCCAGUCCUAUAGAGGCAUGAGGAACAUUCAUUCAGAUGUUUUGUUUUGUUUUGUUUUUCCCCUGUUGGAGAACGUGGGAAAUGACGUUGAACUCCGAAAUAAAAGUAUUUAACGACCCAGUCAAUGAAAACUGAAUCAAGAAACGAAUGCUCCAUGAAGUGCACGAAGUCUGUUUUAAUGACAAGGUGAUAUGGUAGCAACACUGUGAAGACAAUCAUGGGAUUUUACUAGAAUUAAAAACAAACAAAACCCUAAGCCCAACAUAUGCUAUUCAAUGACCUUAGGAGUACUGAAAAAGAAAAAGGAAAAAAAAAGAGAGAGAGAAAGAAAGAGAGAGACGUUUUUAAAACGUAGAGGAUUUAUAUUCAAGGAUCUCAAAACUGCGCAUUUUCAUUUCACUGCACAUCUAGAGGAAAAGCAGAAAUAGAGAAUUUCCUAGUCCAUCCUAUUCUGAAUGGUGCUGUUUCUAUAUUGGUCAUUGCCUUGCCAAACAGGAGCUCCAGCAUAGAGCGGAAGACACCAGCCUCAGUGGCUGAAAGAGUCCUUUCAGGAAGGCGGGGCUGCAUUGGUUUGUGAUGUUUUUAGUUGACCUUGACAAGGGGUUAAGUGAAAUUCUGGGUCUCUUUAGCAUGCCCUGUACCUGGUUUCUCUUUUACCUUUGCCUCUUCUCCCAUUAUUUUCUUUCCUUCAUUUUUCUUUACAUAUUUUUUUGAGAUCCAUCCUCUAUCAAGAAGUCUGAAGCGACUUUAAAGGUUUUUGAAUUUAUAUUUAAAAACCAACUUAUAAAGCAUUGCAACAAGGUUACCUCUAUUUUGCCACAAGCGUCUCGGGAUUGUGUUUGACUCGUGUCUGUCCAAGAACUUUUCCCCCAAAGAUGUGUAUAGUUAUUGGUUAAAAUGACUGUUUUCGCUCUUUCUGGAAAUAAAGAGGAAAAAAGGAAA